GUGAGAGGAUAGAGGUGUCCCUCCUUCCUCUUCCCCGGGAGCAGGUCUCCAGAAAUCAGUUUGGAGACAAAUAUGAGCUCCUCACACGGAGGAGGAGCCCACAGCUGAGCUCAGUUACAGCCAGUCGAGCUGUGUGAGCGGACAAAGACGAGAGAGCGGAGUUUUAACACCUUUAACCAAGUUGUGAUCAGCGCGGCGAGGAGACUCCCGAGACCGCACGCGGCGUUAAGUCGGACAACUUCUCGUCUUUGUUUGUUUUGUGCGUGAAAUAAGCGCUAACUGUGACUUCGACCGAGGGGACCGAGGUCUUCGUCACUGCUGCAUGGACACUCGGCCGUCGUGUUGGCGCUGAAGUCCUCCAGUCAGUCCAGUAUCACCACAAGUAUCAGAGAAACAGAUGGACUACAGUCUGUAACUGUAGAACUACAAAGUGCAGCUAUACAGGAUGUCUGUGGAGGUAGUUGGACCUCCCUCGCCCACUCCUUCUCUCAUUGAGGUGAAAGAAGAGACGCGCUUGGUGCUGAAGAGUUUUCUUCGCAAGGCUCUCUCCUCCGCCCCGGCGGACCGUCCUGGGAGGAUCGGGGGUGAAUACCACGACCCCAACAAGUUCAGUGCAUUGUUAAAGGAGAAGCAGAGGAAAGAUGAGAGUGAGUGGGACUCUCUGGAUGAACAGAUAAGUGCAGCGGAAGAGAAGAAGCAUGGGAUUAAAAACCUGAUAAAGAGGCGACUGAAGCCGCGUCCAUCCACAUCAGGAAAAUCAAAGAAAGACGGCAGUGCUGACCAAUCACAAAAUGGCACUCUGGAGAGGCAGUCGGGACAAGAGAAGGGGCUAUUAUCCAAGAACGGCAACACUACCAUCAGGUCACUCAAAGAGGAUGAGAAGUCCUCUGCAUCUGAAGAGGAGGGGGAACGAAAAUUGAAUGAAAAGAAGAAAAAGAAAAACAAACUAAAACUGUCAGAACUGUUUUUAAAAAAAAAGAGCUUAAAGAAAGAAGAUCGUCCUGUGCGGCCAUCCUCGCUUCCCAUCGACAAGACACAUGACCCCUCUAAACCUGCCCUGUCGCCGUCUCACCCUCCUGAGUUCUACGAUGGUGUGGCUCACACUUUGGACCGUAUUGCUCAGGACAGUGUUAAGAGGAAAUCCCCUGUUAAACCUGAACCUAUCCAGCCUAAAGAACACGAUAAAGAGGCCAUAGUCCAGGCACUUGUUCAGGUGCUGACCACGGAGGGGGAUGCGAUCAAUGAGAAGAUCAACGCUAACCCGCUGCUGCGCUCCUCCCUCAACCGUCUGUCCUACGCAUCCUUUGCAAAGCUGCUGGACACGUGUGCCAGUGAAAGCGUGGACCCGCCCCUACCUGCUCGGGUAAGCCCCACCCUCCGACGCGUCGCCAUCACCAUGGAGGUAACCCGGCGCGUCGUCACGGCAACCGGAGUCCCGCAACGUGUGGAGGGUUUCGCUGAACGCUACAUGGAGAACUUUGCCCCGUGGGUGAAGAGCCACGGAGGAUGGGAGAGUAUCGUCCAGAUGGAGGCACAGGAGUACGACUGACCACUAAGCCAUGCAAUAAUGUGAAGAAGGACGUACUCUACCUCAUUAUGAUAUGAUCCUUACACUGUGACCUAUGACCUGUGAGGUAAAGUGAACAAUGACCAGGGCAGAGCCGGCAGAGACCCUGCUGUUAGAGAAUCACUGGAGAAGUUUAAGGGAAGCCUGACCAAGAAAUGACUAAAAAACACCAGAGGGCGUGAAUAAGCCAGUGGGGGGGUGAAUGGAGAGAAAUGGCUAAAAAACAAAAAUGAAACGCUUCUCUAGACAUUUACACUGAAUCUUUCUUUAAUUUUGGAAGGUAAAGGGAUGUAUUCUAUUUUAAAAAAAUCAAAGACAACUUAACAAUAUAUUUGUUUUUUUACAGCAUAAGGUUUGGGGCAGUAGGAUGAUGGUAUUACUGCUAAAUUGGUUGGCCAGCUGAUUAAAGCAGUUCCCACUCAGCUGCUAUCAGAAAGUUCUAUAACUGGAAUUUAUAAAUGAUGAAAAUAUGACAAAAGAUUUGGAAUAUUUGAUGCUAAUAUGUGUUAAAAAAAUGAGCCAUUUUUCUUUAAAGAUUUACAAAACGUUUAGUUUUGCACAAAUAGCUCUAUUGGAACCCAUUCAUUUUGGACUCCUCACUAGAAAUUCUUUGACCAAGGCAUUAACGCUACUAAUAGUGACUGUCAGUUUUUUAAUAAUGUAUUUAUGUUUUUUAAAAUGCUGGAAGUUUUUACUGCACAUUUUUAUACCAAAAUAUAAGUUAUAUCAAAGAAA